AUGAACGUACAUCCAGAACGCACACUUUCCUCUACUUCUCCCACGAACUUUACUAGCGCUCUCUCAUCAGGUGGUGGCGUCACGAGUAAAACAAAAACUUUGUCAAUUUCCUUGGACAAAUCAAAACAGAAAUCACUAAAGGUCACAAAAAAUAAAACCCCUCCAACCUCUCCGAAAACAAAAUUUACAAAAAGCAAAUUCUUUCUAUCAAAACGACCAAAACUUGAUACCUCAACCGCUAAAGUGUCAAAUAGCACUUCCCCUACCGUACAAAAAAAGCCACGUCCAAUCUCGCCGGUCACGAGCAAGCCUACGGACAAUCCAGAAAAAAAGUCUUCGGUGAAGAGAUCGGUGUCCGUUUCUACGUCACGUUCGGAUUCGAAUUCCAGUUUUAUCAACUCUCCGACUUCUCUUCUCAAAAAAAAAAAGUUACCAGUGGUAGUCGAACCGAAUCCGGAAAAUCCGUCAUCCAGCACAUCCUCGCUCACCAUAACUACCGAUAUAUCAUCGACCCCUUCAUCCUGCGAAUCCUCUCCGCACACACCAACUUCAAGUCAAGCGACCACUCUCACCAUGCAAUCCCCAUCGACUCCUUCUCUAACAUCCGAUCAGACAAUCGACGACGACGAGGAUCAUUUGGAUAUCACCAUGUUUUUGGCUGCUCCUCGUUUAACACAACGCGUAAGGUUAAGUUCAGGUAGGGUGGUCAGUUUUUCCGAGGUUGGCGAUAGGAAUGGUUUCCCGGUUUUCGUGUUCCUGGGUAUGGGUUGCGUGCGAUAUUUCAUUGCUUUUUUCGAUGACUUGGCGUUGAGCUAUGGUCUAAGGUUAAUAUGCCCUGACCGUCCGGGCAUUGGACUUUCGGACGAUGUGAAAUCGGAUGAACAAGAAGUAUUAAAAUGGCCAGGUGUGAUAGAUGAACUUUGUAAUAUACUAGAUAUACCGCAAUUCUUCUUGAUGGCUCAUAGCGCUGGUUCCCCGUACGCUCUCGCUUGUGCGAUAAAGAUUCCUCAGAGGAUCAAGGGCACCAUUUAUCUUGUGUGCCCCUGGGUGAGCACCACCGUGGCAAAUAAUUUCAAGUGGUUGCGAUUUGUUCCUACCCCCAUAAUGAAAUUCACGAAUUCAGCCGGUAUAUCAAUACAACAAAUGAUCCAUGGCCGCCAACCUUAUUCAACCAAACCGGCGUCACAGCGAACCUCCGGUGCAUUGGCCGCCCCAAUUUCAGGUGUUGAGAAAAAACAACAACUCGGGCUCGCCAUCCUCAAAGCUUCCUUCGCCGAAAAUUUGGCAGGCGCAAAUAACGAUUUGAUGAUGUGCUUUGAAAGGCAUAGACCUUUCGGAUUUUCAUACACUGAUGUUGAUAUCCCCGUUCACGUGUUUCACGGGACAAAGGACGAGCGAGUCCCGGUAUCGGCGGUGCAAUGGAUGGAGGAGAAUAUGCCAGACUGCAGGUUAACGUUGAUCGAAGGCGGAAGGCAUUCGUUGUUCCUUCGCGCUGAAGUUGUGGAUACGAUAUUCAAAUCGAUGGCCGUACAAUUUCACGUGAGAGGAUCAUGUCGGAUGUGUAAAGUGUCGACAAAAUGUUGGUUACAGGAAGAAGCCGAACGGCUAAAGAAAGAGAGGGAAUUACAAAUUCAAAAAAAGGUAGAAUCCUCUUUCGCAAAGUUGACGAGAAAAGCCUCGGAUAUAGAUAUGAGAGCAGGAAAUCAAAAAUUUGUCAUGGAUCGAUCUUCGGCGGAUCAAAUACCUCAAGCUGGGGAGAAAUUACUUUCUGUAUAUACAUAUUUCUAA